AUGCCAAAACCUCUUCCGAGGAUGGCACGCAUCAUCCCGCUGAUCUUUUCGGAAUGGAAUUCUAUCAAGGGCGGUUCCGACGCCACCACCCAACUGCUGUGGCAUUGUCACUACAAUGUUCCAUCAAACGAGAAUCAAGCUGUUGUUUGUGCUCGAAUGUUGUCAUUGGCGGCCGUCCACAUCCACCGUCUCCAUCAGCUGUCGACAGCCAACAGAAAUCUAUCGGUCUAUGCCAGCUUGAAACGAUACCGCGAUACGGCUACCGAACGUUGUUUGUUCAAGAAGAGUCUUAACAUGAUCAUCGACGAGAUGUCACGCAAGAAAGCGAGAGCAGUCUCGCCGCAACAAUUGACUCCACCACGCCCCACAGGACGAUCGACUCGGAGCCAACUUGGCAUCCUGCGACUUGACUUGCCUCUGUUGGCCACAAGCAAGACACCACAACGAAGCAUGCUCGCAAAGAUUGGCAAUUUCGCCACACAAGAGGCUCAGGGCAAGCUAGACGCAAGGAGCAAAGUAGUGCUCACUCGGACGAGAGAAUGUAGCGGUUUCGCAGUGUUUCGUAUCGGUGCCAACGGAGAGACCAACGGCAAGGGAGGUCGAGGAAGGUGCGCCAAUUGUGGUUCGCAAACGCAUUGCUACUGUAUGAUGUGCAAACUGUGGUUGUGCGAUGGAAUGAGUGACAAGGUACAAAUGCAAGACGACUUCAAAGGCCACAUCAUUGUCAACGAUCAAUCUGACAGCCCCAUCCACGUGCAGAACUGUUGCUUCCUCAUUCACCACCGAAAGAAACAAGAGAGCGUGCUACGAAAAUUCAAUGAAGACGCAAUGAAAAAGAUGAUCUAA